AUGGAGAGGGUCUGCCCAGAAUCUCAAGGCUUGGAAGAUGAUGAUGAUGAUGAUGACAACGACGACGAAUUCAGCUACCCCUGCCACUCCACACGUACUCCACCCCAGUGCAAGAGCCAUGACAGCUCGGGUGACAGUCAGUCUAGCGCGGACAAGCACUUGGGGAUGGACGCGUUUGCCCCAUGGGCCCACACCAGUGACCCUUAUCUGGGAUACCCAGAGUGCACCAGGGGAGCAGAGCCCCACAUGCUGCACGAGGAGGCCAUAGGGGACAGGGAGUUCCCGUCCCUGCAGCUGACCUACGAUGUGCUCAGGGAGGAGAACGCCAUGCUCAGGAGGGUGGUCAGGAGCAUGCAGAGUUCCUGGGAGAGCCAGGCGUGCACGGUGCGGAGGCUGGAGAGGCAGCUGAAGGCCAGCCUGGCCAAAGAGAAGAGGGAAGCCCAAGAGCUACAGUCCUUUGUCCAGCGGACUGAGUGGAGUCUCCAGCUAAUGACCCAGCGGGCUCUGGAGGCAGAAAGCAAUGUGGAGAAGCUGAAGCAGGAGAUCUUUAUUCUCCAGGGAGAGCUGGAGAGCUCCAAGGUGGAGAACGAAAACCUGAAAGCGGGCCAAACAACUGACCUGGGGGCAGUGAAGCACAACAUAGACUUUGCCUUGCAGAACCUCCACAAGAUAAUAACGAGUGCAAACUGGUCCAUCAGACAGCUCACCUCUGGAGCAGAGUCGCUGCAUUUUGUUGCUGAGGUCCUUAAAUCUACCGGCAAAAUUUCUGAAGUUGAAGCAGAAAAAGAGCUAUGA